CGGAUAAACUCUAAAUCUUUGCACGACUAGCGCCUUCUUGCUUUUGGCUGCGGAUACAGCAGCGUUCUGUUUGCUUAUGCCUCCUUGACGCGUUGAUGUGUUUCGCUCAAAAAAACAAAAUCUACAAAUCGGGUAGCCGGCAAGAUGACCACUGGGCACCGGUUUAGACGGACAGGUAUUUAGGGCGGAGUUACAUUCAUGUAUUUCCGUCUGGCUGGGGGUGUAAAAAAAGGAAAGGGGAGCUGGAAAGGCAGGAGAGAUCAAUCAGUCUGGGAAUAGGGAACCGGGGAGCAGCACCGACCUGGUCAGAGCCGUCACAGCGGAGUGCUGCGCUCUUAUCUAGUCAUAACCGGCUCAGCUCCGGAGCCGCUACAGCAUGGGAGAUAGCUGAACAAACACGGCUACAAAGACAGGGCGAUACCUACAAUGGCUGUGGACGCGGCUGCCAGCUUCAGCUUUUGCCGGAACAUUUUGGAGCACACUGUCUCAGCGGAGGACCUCAACUACCAGCUGCCCAGGAAGACAGGAGGUAACUUGACCUGGCAUGAUGGCAGAGGGCUGAAGACAGCAGGCGGGAGGACUGUGAAACUGCUGCAGCAGCCUGGCACAGAGGCACUGCAGAUCAGACCAGGGGAGGCGUACAGUGUGUACCACACCAGCCCCACGUUGUCCAGUCUCUCCAAACCUGUGGUACUCUGGACACAGCAGGAUGUGUGCAAAUGGCUGAAGAAGCACUGUCCACACAACUACUUGACCUACGUAGAAGCCUUCUCACAUCACGCUAUUACAGGGCGAGCUCUGCUGCGGCUGAACAGCGAGAAGCUGGAGCGCAUGGGCAUCGUGCAGGAGACGCUGAGACAGGAGGUCCUGCAGCAGGUGCUGCAGCUGCAGGUGCGAGAGGAGGUACGGAACCUGCAGCUGCUCAGCCGAGAAAAUCUCCACCUUAUCUGUAUUGCUGCCAAGACAACCAACAGAGACCUGCUUCCUUUGGAAAUCUUCCUUAAUUCAUCUGUCCGUGUUGGCAGCGUGCUCCAACACAAUGGAUCCUGGUACCUCUGGGAGGAACUGCAGACUCCAGAUAUGAGGACACAAAAUCAUGCUUUGAAUUGGAAAGAAAGCUUCAGCCAGCGAGGAAGCAUCUCAAACAGCAAUUUGCUCAGCUCAAGAUACACAUGUUCCACACAGCGGAUGGGCCUUGUAUUUAAACAAAAAGGAUUCCUACAGUAAAUGCAGCCUGUGAUCUUAUUUGACAUUGUUAGUAAACACCAACUGAACUCGUUUUUUAGGUGAAACUAACAAGCGUCUCUGCAAGGCAGACGUUCGACUACAAGAAACAUACCGUGUUAUGUUACACUCCUGAUGCACUUUAACGUGCACAGAGUAUUUGUGCUUUUGUUUACCAUCUGCUGUAGGGACGAGUCUUUCUUUUGGAAUAGAUGUGUCUCUAAAGCCUAAGAGGAACCAGCUGUUUUGCUGCUAAUUAUACUGAAUGUGGUUGCCAUACAUAUACAGUACCAUACCAUGUAUAAAUGUUUUUCAUCUCAGGACAUUAAAAACUUGUCAUAUUGACAUUUCUUCUUGAAGCAGCUAACAGUAUGUAUAACAACAGAGCUUGCCAUACACAGAGCACCGACAGUUGUUUUAAUUUUCAGGAUAACACCUGUUCAUACUUCUAAAGAUAAAGGUGUAGUCUACUCAUGUGUUUGUACAAAUUAUCACAUCACUAAAUAACUUAUUUAGAAAAAAUGAUAUUAUAAAUCCACAAAGCUGGCCUUUCUAAUCUAAUCUAUUAACAAAAACAUGAAUAACUAGAAUUCAAGUAUCAGCGUCCUUCUAAGAUCAGAGGCAUGCUGACAUUUGCCAUGCUUGGGAAAGCAAUAACUAUGUAAGCAUUAAUUCUUCUUGAAAAACCAUAAUAGAAUGUCAUGUCCAAUAGCUUUCUAAGGUAUAGCAUUGCUUCCAGAAAAAAAUAUUGUAGCAAAACAGCAGUUUCCAGUAUCUGACAAAUAAACAAGUCUUAGUAAGUAUAAUUCCAGAAAUCUUAAUUGUCAUGAGUGUGUGUAUGUUUUGAACAGCAAAUUUCAAAGUGAAAGCACGUCCUGAACUCCAAAGCAUUUAAUGCGCUGUCUUUACAAAUCAGAUAUGUCACUUGUCUUCCAUUAGAUUACUACAGCUGCAGUCUUCGGUUGUAGACCUUAAAGUAUUUCAGUUUUUCAACAAGACAGAUAACACUCAGGAGACAGAAUGCAAUGUGGAACCUUCUGUGUUUACUGUGGAGUCAUUUGCCUGUUCUAAUAUGACAUUGGAUGCAAACGACCUUGUAUAAUAUAAGUGUAUUCAAAUGUAUUCAAUAAUGCAUUCUGUGGUAUUAGUAGUUAAUGAGACCUUAAAAAUACAAUGGAACAUAUCUGUGAAGGAUAAGCCUCGUGUUUAUGCUUCAGUGCAUAUUCUAAAUAGAGGCUUACAUCCUAUACUUGCAUAUUCACCAUAAAGUACUUUAAAAAUCAUUGGGUUUUUUUCAGACUAACGUUUUUGCUUUAACAGCAUGCAAAAACAUGUCAGCCAUUGUUCAUAUGAGUUCUGUUCAGAAAUAUGAGCAAGUAUCUCUCAAAUAAGACAUUCCGUAUAAGAGAAGAACUUUAUUGUUAAUUAUUUAGUACUUCCUUUGACUUCUUCUUCUACUGACUAGCUCUUUUUAUACUUUCACAGCAGCUUUCUUACUCCUCAACAUUUGUGUGGAAUUGUGAGCUACACCGUUCAGUAGACACAAUUCAUUUGGAGGUCAAGACUGUUAAAACACCUUCUUUGUAGUUGCAUCAGUGUGCUCCAUAGUUUUAAAAUGUUAUGCAAAGGGGACUUAAAAUGUAUUACAAUUACCAGCUGUACUUAAGUUAAUAUAAUCUGUAGAGGAAAAAUGUGUCUUUUUUAAAAUAAAAUCUGUAGAAGCUUC